CCCCCGCACCCGCCGGCCUGCAGCAUGUCCGUAACAGAUCAAGCCUUUGUGACCCUUGCUACUGAUGAUGUUUAUUAUCAAGGAGCUUUGGUUCUUGGACAGUCCUUGAGGAACCAUAGGACAUCUAGAAGAUUGGCCGUACUGAUUACACCAGAGGUUUCCAGUGGGAUGAGGUCUCUCCUGCGCAGCGUUUUUGAUGAAGUGAUCGAGGUGGGAGCUCUUGACAGCGCUGACUCGCUCCAUCUGGCUCUGGUGCAGAGGCCAGAGCUGGGUGUCACCUUCACUAAGCUUCACUGUUGGACUCUUACCCAUUACAGCAAAUGCGUCUUCAUGGAUGCCGACACGUUGGUUUUAUGCAAUGUUGAUGAACUGUUUGAUCGAGAGGAGUUUUCAGCAGCUCCUGAUUCUGGCUGGCCGGACUGCUUCAACAGCGGUGUAUUUGUGUUCCGACCUUCUUUAAAAACCUACAACCUUCUGCUCCAGUUUGCAGAAGAACAUGGCAGCUUUGAUGGGGGUGAUCAAGGCUUGUUGAAUAGUUUCUUCAGUAACUGGGCAACAACAGAUAUUGACAAACACUUACCUUUCGUCUAUAACUUAAGCAGCAGUGCCGUAUACACCUAUGUUCCUGCUUUCAAUCAUUUUGGUAGAGAUGCCAAAGUUGUUCACUUUUUGGGGUCAACAAAGCCCUGGAACUACAAAUAUAACCUUCAGACAAGGAAAGUUAUGCAGGAUGGCACCACUUCUGGAUCUUUGCAUCAGCUGUCAUUUCUUGCCCUCUGGUGGAACAUCUACAGUGCCAGUAUACUGCCUUUGCUAGAAAAAACCCAAAAGGUGGAAGAGUCAGAGUCUGAGGAAUGGAGGCACACAUUCAAUGGAGUUGAAAUUACACUAAAAAAGGUCAGUCUUCCUGUGGCCAAUUCCCUGCAAAUGCCUGCACUUCCAGAGCGGACAGACGAAACUUACCACACAGCAUGUUCACCUGAGGAACUCGUUUUCAAAGAACAACCUGUAUGUGAAGUUGAACAGCGCAGUUCUGAUGUUCCACCCUCCGAGCCUCGCAGAUCUUCAGAACAACACAUGCUUCAUCCAACAUUUCAGGAAACCUCAGAGCUGAGUGAGGUUACAUAUGCUGUUUCAGAGUUGUCUAUUAACCUCAAACCAGAAGAACCAAGUGCAGAAGACGAACGGAGAAAAUGGGAGGAAGGGCGAAUGGACUAUAUGGGGAAAGAUGCUUUUGAACAUAUCAAAAAAAAGUUGGAUGCAUUUUUAUAUUAAGACGAAAUGUACUAUAAACACCACCAUCAUGUCUCUUGUAUAAUUGCAGUCCUUGGAUAUUUGGCUUUCUUUGUAGUUUGUU